ACAGAGUUCAGAUUACCCAGCCUGUGCUGCGUGAUAGCUCCCCGUCUCCAUGACCUAGCCGGUCGGCACGGCUGCGAAGAGGAGGAAGGCGCAGCAGCCACGGACGGCAACGGCCGCUGCAUCGGCGGCGGCCAGGAACGGAACCCCCCUGCCGCCCCCCAUUCUUUUCUUCCGGGUGGAGCGACCGGUCGGUCCCUCGGCGAUAGCCGGCGAGAGAGUUGGGAAGGGGGAGCCCCCCCCCCCCCCCCCCCCCACACACACAACGGCAAUAGACGCCGAGAGAGCAGAGGGGGCCCAACGCGAGUGCCACAUACACGCGUAGUGCAUCGGAAUCGGCGAGCGUCCACUCGGGUGCAGCCAAGUGCAGCAACAGGUGUAUUCCGUGACUGAGCGCUCAGGGUUAAACGCCGCGAUGCUGGGCCUGGUGUAUCCGUCGGUGUGCGCGUCGCUGGCGCUGGUCUCGUGGCUGAUCGCGCCGGGGCUCUGGACGCUGGCCCAGACGGCCGGCGCGCUGUGGUUGCUGUCGGUGGUAGGACGCCGGAUCACCGAAGAACUCUACGCGCUGAUCGGAGGAAAGCACGUGGACCCCAAGGGAAAGGCCGUCCUUAUUACCGGCUGCGACAGCGGCUUCGGCUUGGAGUUGGCUGUUCGUCUGCACUCUCGCGGCAUGCGCGUGUUCGCCGCCUGCCUCCUGCCGGACAGUCUGGGUGCCAACAAACUGCGCGCGCUGUCCUCCUCCCCGUCGGAAGAGGGGAGAGGGAGCGUGCACGUGAUCGCGCCCAUGGACGUCACGAGCGACAGCCAGGUGGACGACGCCGUGCAGCAGGUCACCAAAAUUCUAGCCAGCGAAGGGCGAACGGACAAGGAGGACGACCAGGGUGCGGGACGUCCCGAUGGCGACGACGGCGGCGUCGCCGAGGCCCCCCAGCUGUGGGCCCUGGUGGCCAACGCGGGCGUCAUCUGGGCCUCGGAGCUCGAAUGGGGCUCGCUGGAGCCCAUGCGUCGCAUGCUCGAGGUGAACGCCGUGGGCGUUGCUCGGACCGUGCGUGCCUUCCUGCCCAUGGUGCGCAGGACGAAGGGAGGACGCGUGGUCAUCACCACCAGCCUGUGGGGAUACUUCGCCAUUCCGUUCUCGGUGGCUUACUCCAUGUCUAAGUGCGCAGCUCGCUUCUUCGCCGACGGCCUCCGACGGGAGAUGAAAAAGUUCGGCGUCCGUGUAGUCUCCAUUGAGCCCAACAUGUAUGCAACCAACCUGACCGCCGACGCCAUACUUCUGCCGGCCAUGGACAAGCUGUGGCAGGAGACCAGCGAGGAAGUGCGGCGCGACUACGGCCAGGGCUACUACGAGCUGAGUCGCCAGUACCUGCGGCGGGCACUGGUCAAGUCGCGAACCGAGAUCCACGAGGUGGUGGACGCCAUGGAGGCCGCUGUACUGGCUCGUAGGCCGCGCUUCGCGUACCGGCCGGACGGCCCGCUCAGGGCCUUGCAGUUCGGUAUGCUGGAGAUGGCGCCGCCCAUCGUGCAGGACGCCUUCCUCAUACGGGACACGCAGCCGCCCGCGUCCACGCUUCCCGGCAACAGAGGCAUCGCCAGAGGCUGACCGCGGCUGCUCCGUGCGCGGCACCCCGAACGCCCGCGCAAACUUGAAGCGCGAAAUAAGACAAGGACUGACGCUGAAUCCGGGUGCCGCCGUUUCGCAAAUGGCAUUUUUGGACCGGAGGCGUGUAAUACGUUUGCCCUUCGUUUGCACUGAAUCGUCACUCAUUGCCAUCCCUUACUAAAUGAACUAAUAGUGGGACGAAAGUUAGCAGCAUUCUCGCUGUCUGACCUUGAGCUAUUCUGCGCUUUCAGUUCUCGAACCUGUCAUGCCAACGAGACCGAACGUCAGACAUUGCAAUAAUGGCGAGAGUCUGCAGAAAAGAGGAACGUCACUCCGCAGCGUCUUCGGCGUUGUGGCGUGAUAAAAGGUGAAGUUCCUCGCGGCCUUCUCGGUACGCAGCCGGGAAUCGAGUAUCGGAGUACUGUACAGCGUACCAAAAAAUUGUCAGCCGUCAAUCGAUCGAGUGUGUAUUGCAGGGUUAUGAGUGUGUAUUGCAGGUCUUCUCUGUUCGAAAAUGUUCUUUGACCAAUUGCGUCGAGGCUGCUUCUACAGCAGCGGUUUCUGGUAUGUGUAGGUGAGGAAUAACGAAAAUUCAGCCUCAUCUAACAAGACAUCGUAAAUGCUGUGGGCUGCGCAACUCAUAAUAUGCCUAAUGGAGAAUGUUAAGAGCUUAUUUUAUGGUGACAAAUAUUAUCUCGUGCCUAAAUAAUAAAGCAUACGAUUAAGGUGCUUCUUUUAUAACCCCCAAUAUGGGGUUCGAUGCCAGCGCACGCGUGCUUACUUCCAGACGACAGUGCGAACGCGUGGCUGUGCGGAGGCUGACAGGGUGAACUAACGUGACUCGUUUCCGGGUGCGUCCUUCUCUGGAAACACAGUGCAAUACUACAAAGAUAAAGUACGUUUGCUUCAAGCUGUGUCAUCUUUCUAGAAUCUACUGCGCGCUAGUACAGUGCUCUCAUUUAGAAAGUAUCGAAUGCAAUUUGUGGCCUCGACAUCAAGGCUGCCGCUUAACUGCAGCUUCGGUUAUGGUGAUAAUAUUUCAACGUUGACGUCCAGGCCAAUAUUUGCACUUAGAUUUUAAGCGAGGAGGACCUCGCAGUUUACACUGUGCGUAGCUCUGCAAAGUAAAUGCUGGGCGUCGCCUAUUUAUCGCCCAGGCUACUCAUGUAUAUAGUUUUGUGCUGCGCUUGUGUUUAAGAAGUUGGGGUGAAUUAUGAUGUUCUGUCACGUACAGGUAUUUCCCUCUCGAUGACGAAUAGUGUAAUGGAGUUAGGCAACAUUAUUAUAGCUAUCAUUUCAUUGUCUUGGACCAGCCAUUUAUUUUUCGAAAUUCGGGAAUAUUCGGCGUCCACUUAUUGACUACUAAUGAAGGAAUGUCCCGUGCAUACUACUACAUAAAAUAAUAUAUUAUACUGUCCGUAUAUUGGUUACAUAAUUUAUACAGGUACAUUACAAAAAGUGUCAAUUUCACAAAAGUAGUGCAGAAGAGAGGCGGACUUCUCGGCUAUAUGUGAAACGCUUUUGUAAGGAUGCUGCAGGGGAGAAUUACCGUCGUUGAUUCUAUUCGCAUCGGCUCUGUGCUCCGAGAGAACCACUAUGUGCCUUUUGUGCAACCUCACAGUCUAAACCGUCGCUUAAAACAAGUGUCCUUCAAAUUUCUUGUUGAGACCAAUGACUUGGGAGAAGUAUAAUAAACAUCUUUGCCAAUUUU